CGCUGGAGCACCGGCAGCUGCUGCUCCGUCACUCAUCGAGGGGCGACCGCGCCUGUGUGUGGGUCUGACCGGAGCUGGACGACCACAGCCAGCACACAACAAGGUGUCCUCAAAGGUCGCAGCACUCACAGUGACAUGGGCCUCAAACGUAAUUACACACCCUGCAGAGCUAACACAGGAGCCUCGCCUGAGCUGCCAAGUAGAAAAUGACUCAGAGAAAUGUACUCAGAGGGACAAACGAUCGCUGCCUCCACUCGAAGGCCUCAUUGGAUAGUGAGCAGGCCGACGGUAUGGAGCAGGAGAAAAUUCCAGAGACCAACGACUGUGACUCCGAGGAGGGGGGACACGGAGGCUCCGCGGCUGUAACGGGAGCGGUCACGGCUCCGGAUGGCGGUUGGGGCUGGGUGGUGCUGGUUGCCACCAUCGUGGUCCUGGCUUUGACCCUGGCGUUCCCCUCCUGUGUGGGAAUCUUCUACACUGACCUGCAGAAUGACUUCCACGCCUCCAACAGCGAAACCUCCUGGGUGCCCUCCAUCAUGACGUCAGUGCUUCAUGCAGGAGGUCCCUUCUGUAGCGUGCUGGUGGAGAGAUUCGGUUGCCGAGCGACAGUCAUGUUGGGCGGAGUCCUGAGUGGACUUGGAAUGACUGCCAGUUCAUUUACUCAGUCCAUCAGCCAGCUCUACAUCACAGCUGGAGUUAUUACAGGUCUUGGUUUCUGCUUUUGCUUCCAGCCAGCUGUGACCAUCCUCGGGCACUACUUCGUCCGCCGCCGUGCGUUUGCCAACGCGAUGUCGUCCACAGGUACAGCCCUGGGACUGUGCACUCUACCUGUCCUGGGUAACUACCUCCACUCGGAGCUGGGCUGGAGGGGAAGUUUCCUGGUUUUGGGAGCUGUCCUGUUGAACUGCUGCGUGUGCGGGGCGGUGAUGAGGCCCCUCCAGCCCGCCAAGCGUCGUGGCCAGCCGCUGAUGAACCACGGACCCCCUCCGCCAGAGAAGGAAGAGAAAGGAAAGGGGUGGGUGAGAUCGACAUGCAGCUUCCUGAUGGCUUCCAUAAGAAAACACAUGGCCUUUGAUCAGCUCUACAACAACUCACGUUACUGUGUGUAUGCUAUAGGCAUCACCUGGAUGAUGCUGGGGUUUGUGGUUCCUUUGGUGUACCUGGUUCCCUACGCCACAGCAAACAACAUGGAGCAGGGCCGGGCCGCGCUGCUGCUCUCCAUCCUGGGUAUCGUUAACAUCGCGGUGCGGCCGCCCUUCGCCAUCAUGUUCAACACGGCGUGGUUCAAAGGGCGACACGUUUACGUAUUUGCCUCGGCUUUGCUGGUCAACGGGCUCAGCAACAGCAUCUGCUGCAUCGGGCCCAGCUUUACCGUGCUGGUGGUUUACGUGAGCGUCUACGGGCUGUCCAUGAGCGUGGUGGGCUCCCUGAUGUUCACUGUCCUCAUGGACAUAGUGGAGAUGAGCCGCUUCCCCUCAGCUCUGGGCCUGCUCGCUAUCAUGGAGAGCAUCACGCUGCUCAUCGGGCCUCCACUGGCAGGAGUCCUGGUUGACAGGACGGGCCAGUACUUCCACGUCUUCUUUGCUUGCAGUGCCGUUGUUGCCUCGUCCGCCGUGUUCCUCAUGGUGUCUUUCUGGUGGCUGGAUAAAAGGGGCAGGAAGGCCUCGAAGCAGAGUCAACCAGCCGCGCUGCCCGAAGCGGCGAGGGCCGCUGCUGACGUCGCUCCCGGCUGUCAGUACUGCAGCGUGCCCACAGAGGGAGACAAAGACAAGGCCUCGGCUAACGGGGCGGAGUACAUCACCAGCGUCUGAGCUGCUUCACUGUGUGUCAACACCUCACACUCUGGCUCAGACAGCUUUGUAGAUUAGUUUGUAAUGUUUGUGCCAGCUUGCGUGGUGCGCCAGAUGCUGCAAAGGUUUCUGCGGUCGAGUGACACGUCAGCUGACCUGCUCUGGAUCGUCCUUACCCGAUGAAUCCUCGCCAUCUGGUCCGCCAUCAGAGCCCAAACAAACACUAUGAAUGAUUUCCACUGUUUGUCCGAGCUUGAUCCUACGAACCAAAAUGAACAGAUGUGCACUUACAACUGCAACGUGAUUGUACUGUUUAUUGUAAAAUGCUGCUGAUCUGACCCACGUGAUCACACAAUCUUAUCAUUCAGGCGAUAUCUCGCUUCAUCAAGAGCACACAUGAUCCUUUGUUGAUGAAGUCCCUCAGAAUGCUUUCUGGUGUAUGACGAGCACACAAAGGAUGGGUCUGAGCAGGCUGAGGCGUGGCAAUCAAUUACCAAGCAAAUGUAGUAGUGAUAUGCAUAAAUAGGUGAAAUCAAAGUGAGGACAACACUCAAAGUGGCUCCUGGACAGAAAUUAAUGAUCAAGAGUUAAAGAUAAUGUUUAUUCUAUAGUUUUUCGACUGUCAGCAAAUCUCAAAAGACCCAAACCAGCCAAAUGUCAGCGUGUCUGAUGACUGAAGCACUUCUUCACUUUGCUCUUCAGAUGGACAUUUCCUGUCACUAAUUUUCAUGAUGACAUCACCGUUCUUAAUCCCGCCCCUAAAGCUCUGAUUGGUCGAUUGUUUUUCCAACAGGCAGAAAUAGUGACGGUGGAACCAGGCUAGUCCCAGAUAUCAAACAGUACGACAAUGCUGGAGGGCCCAGUGUAAAAUUCAUUAAUGGUAAUUUGACUUACAACUGGUUUAUUUAGGAAUGUUUGUCUUAAAUCAGUGCCUUCAUCACCUCUUCGUCACCUCUUCAUCACCUUUUCAUCACCUCUUCAUCACCUCUGUACACACUGGCUGCAAUCCACAACCAGACUGGAAAAGUGUCUGUUUGUGCCACUUCAGUGUUGUUAACGUUCAGCAGACUGACAAACAACAGACUGACAAACAACAGACUGACAAACAACAGACUGAUAAACAACAGACUGACAAACAACAGACUGGUAAACAUCA